UCCAUUCGGGUUGCGUUUGAUCAAACAGAACAAGUGCGCGGCAGGCAGACAGGGCUCACGGCAUUCCGCUGUUCCGUCUGCGCACCAUCACGGUCACAACGACAUACCUGUACACAAUCCGUCCUGACCGGGAGGAGGGCUUUAGUAGCUGUUGAUAUAUGUAAGAACAGACUGUAGACCGAGAGGUUCUGAUCUGACGACCGAGUCCUUUACAUACCGUCUCCAGUUCACGUCGCAAAGUGAAUUUACGACAAAGUUUUGAGGAUUUCAUUGUCAACCUUCCGGACUGCGCUGGAUUUCAAGAGCGGAAUGAGUGACUUUACGAUGAUAAACUGUUGCCUGGUUCUUGGCGCGUGUCUCCUGUCCAGUCAAGUUGUCUGGAGCCAGCACGUGCGAGUGGAACAUGAGGUCACAGCGUAUCCGAACGGGUCUGUCAAUCUACGGUGUGAGUUCACUAACAGUGAAAACACCAAACUCACACAGGUCUCAUGGAUGUUUGAGCGUACUGAAGGUGAUAGACAGAACAUUGCUGUGUUCCACCCCAAAUAUGGAGCAAGUUUCCCUAAUAAAGAGUUUGAGGGGCGAGUUAAUUUCACGCUAGGUUCACUGGAGAACCCCUCCAUAAGAAUCAAGAAACUGAGGAUGGCUGACGCAGGCAGGUACAUCUGCGAGUACGCCACUUACCCCAGUGGAAACGAGCAGGGAACCACCACUCUUAUCAUGCUGGCCAAACCCAGAAACUCGGCUACCCCCGUCCCAGUGCAAGCCAGCUCUUCUGAAGUAGUUGUGGCACGUUGCGAGGCGGCCCAAGGAAAACCUGAGGCAACCAUCUCCUGGAUUACAAGUUUGGCCGGCCACUAUAACCACACUUCAGUGCCUGAGAGUGAUGGCACUGUGACCGUCAAGAGCGAAUACCGGAUUGUCCCGACUCCUGCUGAAAACGGAAAAGAGAUCACCUGUGUGGUCGAUCAGAGGACGCAGUCUGCAUCUCAGAACUUCCCAAUGAGACUGGUGGUGGAGUACCCCCCCACUGUGACGAUAGAAGGAUAUGAUGACAACUGGUAUAUGGGUCGGAAAGAUGCCGUUCUGAUCUGCCAAGCUGAUGCCAAUCCAGCACCCACUGAUGUUACCUGGACAGCUGUGUCGGGUCAGUUGCCAUCUACGGUAAGGGUGGAUCAGAACCGGCUGUUGGUGACGAAUGUGGACGAAACGGUGAACAUCACGUUUGUGUGUGAGGUGAAGAACAGCCUGGGUUCUGGCAGGAAAGAGCAUACCCCCACUGUCAUUGAUCAGCCUGUAAUAAAACCGGCCCCGGCUGGGCCAGUUAUUGGAGGGAUCAUUGCUGCCAUAAUAAUUUUGUGUUUGAUCGGCGCUGGCGUGGCCAUGUACCAAAAACAUCGUCGGAGCAUCAAAAACGGAGAAGGCCCCCCCAAACACAAGCCACCUCCUCCGAUGAAGUCUGGCAGCUCGACAGAAAUGCUUAAUAAACCACAGGACAAGGCCACAACCAUCAUGGAAACCCAGCCGCUCAGCAGCUACGAGGCUAACUACUAUGAAACCAAUUCUGCUGAGCCUGUUACACCCAGUUUCCUGACAAUAAUGUCACAGGAUUUAGAUGAUGACAACACUGGUCCUCCUGCUAAUGGCGGCACACCCACUGUCUGGAACGCUUCAGUACACCCUCCUGAAAACGACAAGGUGACUGACGAGAUGCUUCCACCAUACGAACCUGCCGAGCACAACGAUAUCGAUGCUAGCCACGGACCAUCUGCCGCUAACAUAGCCCGUGGGGAAAGUUUUAUGUCCCCGGCUAUGUUUGUCUAAAGACGUAGGGCGUGCCUGCGAUUUGCACUGCCACCACACUGCCCAGCCAUUAUUGCCCACUACAGCACAGCAGCAUGGCACAUGGCUCGGGCAAACAAACACGCUUCGAAAACCACCCCCGCCUGGUGAAAUUUCUCUUUAGACAUGGCUAAUUUACAGAUUCUCAUGGUUUUGUGGAUGGCCCAUCAAAGAUAUUCCAUUUGGAGUAGCAGACUUUCGUAGCUUACAUACCUCUUACAUAUUAUUGAUAAUGUCCCACUACAAAUUUAUGUUACUUCAGACAACUACUAGCAGUUAGCGAUAAAACAAAACCAUGAUAAUUGGUAAUAAUUCACUGGCAAGGUAUUAUGCGAUAUAUUUUAAUCCUGGUUAACCGAAAAGCAUAUAGAACGAACAGUCUUCAAUGUACUUUUCCAUUUUGAUGUCUCCUGAAAGGUCUAAAUUUAAAUGCUUUUAGUAUUUUAAAAUGCAAUGCAUAUACUAUAAAACGCUGCUUAUGUUUCUGGUCUGUAAAAUUUUAUUCCGCAAUCUUGGUGUACUGCUCUCUUUAUCUUUGAAAGCUUUUGUCGGUUGUGUGCGUUAACUUCUGUGAUGAAGGGAAACUGUCUUGUGGUAUAUGCAAUGUAUUUUGCAUACAGCAAAAAUGUAUUUUUAUAUUUUACAUCUGAUGUCAUUUUAAUCAAUUAUGUCACCUAACAAAAAACGGAUGUAUGCAUUAUUUUCUUAAUUUUGUUCCUUUGUUCUUGAAAAGUACCAAAUAUGUUCUGUAAAUAAUAUAACAGUAUAAUAUAUUGAAGAAAAGAAAAGAAAAUGCAAAACAAAUAAAAAAAAUGCCAGUGGGGGUACAAAAUGAAAGUGUACAUUUUCUGAACAUUUAUUUUAACGGGUUAUUACUAAAGUCGUAUGCUGAUGUUUUACGUCUUGAAACGUGUGGAUUUUGUUACUGUAUAAUCUGCAUGGCAUGGUUGGUCGCUUUCCUAAAAACUUGUGGGCACCUCUUGCAACCUUUCCUCGCUCCCUAAUUUUCUGGCCAUUAAAAGCACAAUACACUGGUAAAGAGCUGCUGAGAGUGAUCAGGAUUUGAGUUUUGUAAGCUUGAUUAUGGACCAUUAUCUUCAGCCAAAUAUUAGCGGUAACAUUCACAAGUGGUCUUGGUUGCAGUAACUAAAGAUCAAGUCUGCACCUCCUUCUUCGAUUAAGAUCGAUUAGGGAUAAAACUAGUUUUUAAAUGAUCCUUGUUCCUUUUCUUUGUCCUUUACACUGGUUCCUGGAUGGCAUGGCAACUAAUCCCAUCUCUGUUCAUGUUUUUCACUCUUGAAUGUACUCCGCAAAUCCACUUCAAGCAGUCAAUAGAUCAUUGUGUCAGUGUCUGAAAAUCAUUGUAAUUGUGCCGAAGAGCUCACAUUUGCACUACAUGUAUUAAAACAAUGGUUAACACAUUGAACUGAAGAGAAGCUAUAGACUUCUAACAGGUAAUAGAAAGUUUUAAAGGAACAGUUCUGCUUUUUUCCAUACAAUGAAAGUGAUUUGGGACUGGGGUUGUCAAUGACAUUUGGUCACUAGACACACAUGACCAAUAACAAUUGAUGUCAAACCUUUUAACAAUUAACAACAGCUUAAAUUUGGGUCUGUUGGGCAGACAAAGUUAUCAUGAGGCUUUAGAAGACUUGGAUACUUUAGGGUGCUUUUGGUUUAUCUUAGAGCUUGAUUGUCCAAGUCCCCAUUCACUUUCAUUGUAUGGAAAAGAACAGCCAGAAUAUUUUUCAAAGAUUCACCUUCUGUGUUCCACGGAAUAAAGUAAGUUACACAGGUUUAGAACGACACAAUUGUGAAUUUUCAUUUUUGGCUGAACUAUUCCUUUAAUGGUGACUAGCAGUGGAAACGUGCACAUUCACAAAGCAAUGGAGGAUUUCUUGGUGAAUAUAUGAAUUGGUAGACAGAUCGAUGGAUGGAUUGUAGGUACAGUUCCCCUAGAUGAAUUAACAACCCGUCCUCAUUCAUGAUUAUACAUUGAUCACAUUCACUGCCUGAUCUUCUGUCCUGUUGAACAUCAAAGACAAUUACUGAUUCUUGCUCAAUGUUUUUUUUGUUAUUACGACAUGACAAUCUUCUCACCUGUCAUUUAGUCUUAGCGGGGUUGUGGUCUUGUCUCUGCUUCUGAUAAAGGGAAUGUACGUCUGCAUGCUGCAUGGGAUGUGAGAUUAGCAUAUGUCAUUCUUAUGUGCAAUUUGACUGUCUUCAUGCAACUUGUCUUUUGCUAAAAUGGUGCAGUAUUAGACAAUCACUGUAAUAUUUGUUUGCAUAAGGCUUUUUGUGUUUUAAACUGUGAUUCCAUUUUAGUCUAUUUUUUACGUUUGCAUUCAAAAUUUAAUUAUUGCUUUUAUAUUGUUAGAUUGUUUUCAAAUGUUUCUGUCUUAUAUAUGUCACAUUAUGCAUCAUGUAAAGCUCAGUUCUAUGGAUAGUGAAAUGAAACCCAAAAAUGAAAAUUCGGCCAUCAUGUACUCAGUUACCCAUAUGACUUUUCUUGCAUGUAACGCAAAGGGAGAAUAAGCAAGGCUAUUUUUUUUUUCCCCCAAUUCAAUGAUAGUGAAUGUGUUUGAGGCUAUCAUUCUGCCUAACAGCUCCUUUUGUGUUAAUACGGGUCUUACGGGUUUGGAACAAACAACGUAAAUUAUGACAUUUUCAUUUUUGGGUGGUCUAACCCUUUUGAGUAAAAUGGCAAUUUGGAUUUAAAAAAAAAACAAUCAAUACAAUCUAAGGGAGUUUGGAAUGCUGCCAAAAUAGUGGCCCUCUUAAAAAUAAGUAGUCUCUGGUUACUGAACGACUCUUUGUCAUUUAUCAGAUCUACUCUCCAGCUAAACAAACGACGCUAAUGUAUUUGCCAUAUGUUUAUACUUCAUCAUCAGAAACCAUAUCAAGCAGGCAGAGGCUAUUUCAAAAUCAUACUGGUACUUAUCUACUACCAUGUGUUUGUUUUUGCGCUGCUCUGUCAUCAUUAAGCCAAGAUGUGCCUUUGUUACUUAGUUUUGAGCCAUUUUACUGAUUUGUUUUGAUUGAGAAAAUAAAAAGAUUAAUCUUAGACUGUAUAGACCGCCCGAUGGGGAGAAAUGUGAUUUUCUUUCUAAUAUUAUUGAUUGGUUUUUGGCAUCAUUUUUUUUUUCUCUACUGGGAUUAUUUUUAUGCAUUAGUAACUUGUUCUAUGUUUUAUGGAUCAUUGUGAUGUCUAAUAAACUAUAA